UAAUAUAUGUCUGUAUAUUGCAGCCACAAUGUUUAGUCGCUGUUAGCGGUGAUUGCAGUGACAGCAGAUGCUUGGAGCAGAUAUGCGACCAUCCAACACCGUAUUCGAUCCAGGACUGGAACGAGGAGCGCCAUGGGGUCGAGACCUCUUUACGUUUGUAACAUCAGCAGCUGGCUACAUGAUGCGAACCCUGCAAAAACCUAGAAAAAACAAGCCGUCCAAAAGACAGGUCAACCACCGCCGGUUCCUCCACAACAUGAUCCAGAGGAAGUUUGCAGAAAUAGAGGCAGCCAAUCAACAGCUGGCUUCUGCUCUUUUUACUGUGGAGUCAGAAACACAGAGGCCAUCAGACGCACACAAGUCAUCACAGACUAGAGAACCUGAGAAAAACACCAACAAUGCUGGUGAAACCAAGACACCUACAAAACAUCAGGACAAGGACAAUGAUGACGAUACCAGAAAAUUACACAUUCUGGUGGAUAACUCCAGUAAAAGCCACUUAAAUAUUAAACAUUCAAAUAAUUUAAACAGUAAAACAGACAGUCAAUCCUGGAUACGUGAAGAACACUUGUUAGGUAGACUGGCCCAGGAUAACUCAGACUUCACCUCUGAAUGGGAACAACUUCAUGCUGGACCUGCUAUUUCACAUAAAGUCUUUCUUGAAGACAGUGUAAUUACUUCACCUCAAAUUAUUGAAGAAAUAAACCAGAAUUCAAACACACAAAUCCUCAAAUGCCCUAACGAAGAACAGGAAAAGUUUUUGGGACUGUCAUGUUUUGAUAUAUCGCUUGCUUCAUUAGAAUCCCCCUUGUCCUUGGAUUCAUUUGAUUUCAAUGUGCAACCGAACAGUGAAAAGAGCGUCCAAAUACCAAACAUUACAGACUCUCUAGAGAUGGACGUGAUGGAAAAUUUUGAUUUUCUAGAUUUCUCAGAAGGAACAGGAGGAUACAUACCGAGCCAAAACGUGGGUGCUGUUUGGCAUGUGCGAAGCGAAGAGUCUCAGAGCUUUUUUCGAGAUAGCCCUGCCAUACUUAACACCUUAUAUGAAGACCAAGGCGACGGAGAUGCCACCGGAAGAUUACAGCAAAUAAGGUCACUGUCUGAGAACUCGGAAUGGACUCUGAAUUCUGAAAAUGGUUCAGAAAACAAUAUAGCGUACUUUGGAUCCAGCUGCAAUAAAGAUCAGACAAAACCAACUGGAGCAACAAUGGACGUCUACCAACAUCAGCCUGGAGUGACUGCACUAAUAAACAAGGCUGAUCAGUAUUCACUCACUGGUUCUUGGAGCCAAUCAGAGACUAUAAAGAAAAGCUUUCAGCCAGGUGACAUUUCAAACCACAGCCAAGCAGAAUAUGGACAUUCAGACCAGUUCCAGACUACAUAUUGGGAACAACAAAUACAGGAGGAUCAGGAUCAUACACAGAGCAUGGAAAACAACCCUUAUAGUGUACUGAUGGAUGAAAAAUUCGAUUUAAACCCAGAUUAUCCAGAAUUCCUUUCACACGCCACAGCACACUGCUAUAGCAUCAACAACAGCAACUGCACAAAAGACUCCUGUUCGUAUACCAGCAUUGAUCACGAUCAGAGUUUUCCCAGUUUUGAUGGUGUUGCGCAAUCGUUUCCCGUCCCCGUGCAAAAUCUCAACCCUUAUCCGGUUUCCACUCCCCACUUAAACGACGACUGGCUGUUCGGCAGCAUAGUAGCGGACGACGACUCCGACAGUACAGUCAGGUCACCUGGGUGUACGUACUGUUGGAGGAGCUGUACAAAGUCAAACGAAUGCGCUAUAGUUUUAGAGUAGCGCAUUCACCCUGUCACGGGAAAAUCGAAAGUUCAAUUUCUUAGCCAUUGUGUGAGCUCAUGUGUGCAGUAAGUACCCUCAGCACUUAAAAUGUACACAGAUCAGGCAUAACAUUAUGACCACCUUCCUACUAUUGUGUUGGUCCCCCAUUUGCUGCCAAAACAGCCCUGCAAUUGUGCUGCACUGUGUAUUCUGACACCUUUCUAUCAGAACCAGCAUUAACUUCUUCAGCAGUUUGAGCUACAGUAGCUCCCCACAUGCAUCAAUGAGCCUUGGCCGCCCAUAACCCUGUCGCCGGUUUACCACUGUUCCUUCCUUGGACCACUUUUGAUAGAUACUGACCACUGCAGACCGGGAACACCCCACUAGAGCUGCAGUUUUGGAGAUGCUCUGACCCAGUCAUCUAGCCAUCACAAUUUGGCCCUCGUCAAACUCGCUCAGAUCCUCACGCUCGUUCAUUUUUUCUGCUUCUAACAUCAACUUUGAGGAUAAAAUGUUCACUUGCUGCCUAAUAUAUCCCCCCCCCACUAACAGGUGCCGUGAUGAAGAGAUAAUCAGUGUUAUUCACUUCACCUCUCAGUGGUCAUAAUGUUAUGCCUCGUCAGUGUAUAUUAAAACACAAUGUAUUUAUUUAUUAGGAUUUUAACGUCAUGUUUUACACACUUUGGUUACAUUCAUGACAGGACGGGUAGUUACUCAUUACACAAAAUUCAUCAGUUCAAGUUUAAUUUCAAACAUAGUCAUGCAUGGACAGUUUUGUAUCUCCAAUUCACCUGACUGCAAGUCUUUGUACCCACGUAGACGCAUGUGGGAGAACAUGCAAACUCCAGACUUCUCCUCCUGGGAAUCCAACCCAGGACCUUCUUGCUGUGAGAUGACAGUGCUACCCACCGAGCCGCCUCAUAUUAAGUCACAACACAAACAACAUUUGGUGUAUUAAAAUUGACUCCAGUCAGAUUUAUUAAUAUAGCCAAAUGAAAACAAAAAGCAAAUAAAACAGUAAAAAAAAAACACAGAGGCACAAAACAAUCGUGUGUUCUAGACAGCAGUCCUGACAUGGCUAAAUACAAGUGACUGGUUUUCUCUUUGUCCAUAAUUAGAUGUGGACCGGGUCGUCUUUCUCUUCUUACUCUUGUCUAGUUAUUAAACAGUGUUAAAAUACCUUAAAUUAAUGAUGCUUUUAAUUUAAAUCACUGUUGCUUUGUUUUGCCUGAAUAAAACUA